AUGAGUUCAACACAAUCACUUGAUUCAAUAUUUGAAAUUCUUCAAAUGGACCCACCAAAAUAUACUCCAAUAAUCCCAAAGAGAGAUACCAAGGAUAAUAAUCUUUUAGAUGUAUUAUGUACUGUUAUUAAUAGAUUAAUCACAAAUGGAGAUAAAAUUAAAAACGAUCGUAGAGAAUUCUAUCCACCAAAUAGAAAGCCACCAACAAUUGGUAUCGAUGCAUAUUUAGCACGUUUAUUAAAGUACUCUCCAUGUAGCAAAGAAUGCUUUGUCAUGAGUUUAGUCUACAUCGACCGAUUCCUUACACAAUGUGAUCUUAUUAUUAACUCUAUGAAUAUUCAUCGUAUUGUAAUAACAAGUUUGCUUAUUAGCACCAAAUAUCUGGAUGAUAUAUUCUAUAACAAUGAAUUCUAUAGCCAAGUCGGUGGUAUCUCGCUGCCCGAGAUGAACAAACUCGAAGUAUGUUUCCUCUCGAUGAUGGACUACACCGUAAAUUGCUCACUCGAUGAGUUUGAAAAGUAUUCCCGUGAAGUCGACAAAGUCAAGCGUAGAUUCGAAGAGCAAUCGAGCAAUAUAAUUCCAGUACCACAACUCCAGAAUCCAUUGAUUCCCGCCCAACAACAUUGUCCACCAAAACAAUCACAACAAUCACCGGUUGCUGUCGUACCCAACUUGGCAACCAAUAAUCUUCAUCAAUCUUGUAAUUCUAACGCACCAACACAGUCUUCCAACGGCAACAACACCAACAACAAUUCGAUCAUCUACUCCACCGCCACCUAUUCAUCCAACUCGCAUACUGUACCACAAAGCAGUAGCAGCAGCAGCAGCAACAACACAAAGAUAUAUAUAAACACACAACCAAUGGUGCGUCCACCAUUUGUAAAUAAUCUACCAACCACCACCGCCAACAACAACUCUUUUGUAAAUUCUACCAUCAACACUGCUACUGCCUCUGCAACCGUGGUCAACAAGAACACCGCUGUACUGCCAACCACCAACACAAUUCCAAUCACCACGAGAAGAAGAGGAAGUUGUGACCACAACGCAUCACUCAAUACAAAGGAUAAAUCUUACACAACAGGCUGGGUAGCCUAA